AUGAGUCGGAGAGCAAACAGUCCAAAGCUGGAAUUGACGCUGAAGUUAUCACCACCACCACCAAGGGCGGUGCCCAUCCAACAAGUAGGGUCGCCCAACACAUCGGUUUCGUCGUGGGAAAUGUCUCUUGAAAGCUCGUGCGUGUCUUCGGAGCCCGACGACUCCACGACUACGAUGCAAUGCCCGAGCAGUCCUGAAGAAACUUCGAUGGUGCUGGUGGGAUGCCCUCGAUGCCUCAUGUAUGUUAUGCUAUUGGAAGUGGAUCCCAAGUGCCCCCGAUGCAAGAGUACCGUCUUGCUUGAUUUUCUUAACGAAGAGAAUACCAAAAAGACAAGGAACUAA